AUGGAAGUGGGCUUAUCGGCCGUAACCUUGUAUCUCGCCAGCGCCAGCAGUCCUGUGGCGGCGACAACGAUGGAGCGGGAGCCAGAGAACCGUGCGGAGGGAGAAGCCGUGAAUGCCUCGGGAGCUGCGGCCGCCGCGGUGUUCAGGGAAUCGGCACAGCAGAUGAGUAAUGAAAGAGGCUUUGAAAAUGUAGAACUGGGAGUCAUAGGAAAAAAGAAGAAAGUCCCAAGGAGAGUCAUCCACUUUGUUAGCGGUGAAACAAUGGAAGAAUACAGCACAGAUGAAGAUGAAGUCGAUGGAUUGGAGAAGAAAGACGUUUUGCCUACUGUUGAUCCGACAAAACUUACGUGGGGCCCCUACUUAUGGUUUCACAUGCUUCGAGCUGCCACAUCCACCCUCUCAGUUUGUGACUUUCUUGGAGAGAAGAUUGCAUCUGUUUUGGGCAUCAGCACCCCAAAAUACCAGUAUGCAAUUGAUGAGUAUUACCGGAUGAAGAAGGAGGAAGAAGAAGAAGAAGAAGAAAAUAGGAUGUCGGAAGAAGCAGAAAGACAAUACCAACAAAAUAAGCUGCAGGCUGAUUCCAUUGUUCAGUCUGAUCAACCAGAAACACUGGCAUCCAGUUCAUUUGUGAAUCUCAAUUUUGAAAUGGAGGGAGAUUGUGAAGUAAUUACAGAAAGCAAACAAAAUCCAGUCUCUGUCCCUCUGUAG